ACCCUGCUCCACCCCAUCUCCUGGAGCAUUUAAACGGUAGACUUCGUUCCUACUACAAACUCCAGCACAAGCCUGCAGUUCUUUAACAUCUGCCAGGUACUUUCCAAGCACGUCUGGCAACCUGACCGCUGUAUAUACAUGCAAUCUCAAUGCAUGCCCUCACAAUCUGCAUUUGCAUUAAUGCGUUUGCUUCCAGCUCCUGUGAACUUCUAUCUUCUUCGCUUGUUCCUUUUUUCCUCGCCCUCCCCCCCCCCCCCCCCCGCAACCACUUUUGGCAUUAGGAUCUGAUUCUGAUCCCUUCGGAAGAACCGGAGUUUUCUCUCAGCUCCACGUCGAACUCAAAAGCGAGAGAAAAAGCUGAACCUCCCUCCUUCCCCCCCCUCCUAUUCCUGAAUAAUCCGUUUCAAGCGAGAAGAGAGGGUUGUAGCCUACAAGCUGGAAAAAAGAUACGGAACACCCUUAAGCAGCAUCAACGCCGCCGCCGCCGCCAGAAGCUUUCGAGGGCAAAGAGGCGGAAGAAUCAAUCUCCUUUCUUCCCAUUUCUUCUUCGCUCUUGCCGUUUGUAAAGGCUGGUCCAGCUCUUUCUAAAAAACGUGCAUCUGCGUUCGCGGAGGGAUACUUUGCAUCCUUUCAUGUGUGUAGCGGGUCUGUUUUUGCUACUGCUACUGGCACCGUUGCCCGCCCGCCUGCCUGAUAUAGCCAAGCGGCGAGAGGCGCUUGCCGUCAGUCGGUGAGCGGCGCUGCUCGGCUUUCCGGGCUGGGGUUGAUGUGAGUGUAUAUGGCUCUGCGCGGGCGCGCGCGCGCGCUUGAUUGAAGGGUAGACUUGUACGCGAAGAGGAGACGCAGGAGCAGGCAAAGCGGCGGCAAAGUAAGCCGCAAAGAGCUGGCUUUUCCUAGGCUCAGCACCCUCGCUUAACUUGGGAACUGUCCACCAGUGUGAGCUCCUGAAAAAAUGAACCUGCCGGUGCUCUACCUGUUCGGAUUGUUUCUCAGUAGCGGGCAAGCACUUCAAGUGUCAAUUUCUCUCAGCAAGGUAGAAGUCAGUGUGGGUGUAUCAAAAUUCUUCACCUGUACAGUAAUUGGUGAACCUGAGAGUAUAGAUUGGUAUAAUCCACAAGGAGAAAAGAUCAUUUCUAAUCAGAGAGUGGUGGUGCAGAAAGAAGGUGUAAGAUCACGAUUAACCAUUUACAAUGCCAAUGUGGAAGAUGCGGGAAUAUACAGGUGUCAAGCAACUGAUUCUUCAGGAUUUAGUCAAGAAGCUACGGUUGUUUUGGAAAUUUACCAAAAGCUCACAUUCCAGGAUGUCCCAUCACCUCAAGAAUUUGUACAGGGAGAAGAUGUACAAGUCAAUUGCCAUGUUAUCAGUUCACCUGCACCUAUUGUCAGCUGGUUAUAUCAAAAUGAGGAAGUCUCAAAUAUUGCUGACAAUAGAUUUGCCAUGUUGCCAAACAACAAUCUUCAAAUUCUUAAAAUUAAUAAAAGUGAUGAAGGAAUAUACAGAUGUGAAGGAAGAGUUGAAGCUAGAGGAGAAAUUGACUUUCGGGAUAUCAUUGUAAUUGUAAAUGUUCCUCCAACCAUUACUUUGCUUCAGAAGUCCUUUAAUGCUACAGCAGAUCGUGGAGAGGCAGUUACUUUGUUCUGUAAAGCUAGUGGUUCUCCUGAACCCGAAAUCAACUGGUACAGAAAGGGCAAACGUAUUGAGGAAAGUGAUAAAUAUACAUUAAGAGGCAGGAAUAUGGAACUAACCGUAAAAGACAUAAAAAACAUUGAUUCUGGUCCAUAUAUUUGUGAAGCAAGAAAUAAAGCAGGAAGAGUGACAAAUCAGACUUUCAUGCAAGUUUUUGUACAGCCUCAAAUAAUACAACUUAAAAAUGAAACCACCUUUGAAAAUGGUCAAGCCACUCUGAUAUGUGAAGCAGAAGGAGAACCAGUUCCAGAAAUUACUUGGAAAAGAGCUGUUGAUGGAAUAACUUUUUCUGAGGGUGACAAGAGUCCAGAUGGUCGAAUAGAAGUCAAAGGACAAUAUGGAAGAUCAUCACUACACAUUAAAGAUGUGACAUUGACAGAUUCCGGGAGAUAUGACUGUGAAGCUGCAAGUAGAAUUGGAGGGCAUCAAAAGAGCAUGUAUCUUGAUAUUGAAUAUGCUCCAAUCUUUGUGUCAAAUCAAACAAUUUAUUAUUCUUGGGAAGGAAAUCCCAUCAACAUAAGUUGCGAUGUUCUGUCUAAUCCAGCAGCAUCUAUCCAGUGGAGAAAAGGAAAAUUGGUUUUACCUAUAGAAAAUACAACUCCUUUAAAGACUCAUAGUAGUGAAAACAAAUUGAUAUUAGAGAUUGCUCCCACAUCAGACAUUGACUUUGGACAUUACAACUGUACAGCCACAAAUAGAAUAGGGAAAAGAUAUCAGGAAUAUAUCCUAGCCUUGGCUGAUGUACCAUCCAGUCCACAUGGAGUGAAAAUUGUAGAUGUAUCACAGACUUUUGCUAAAGUAUCUUUUAAUAAACCAGAUUCUCAUGGAGGGGUCCCGAUUCAUCAUUACCAAGUGGAUGUAAAAGAAGUCACUUCAGAAACAUGGAAAGUUGUUCUUUCACAUGCAGUUCAGACUAUGGUUAUUCUCAGCAAUCUGGAACCAAAUACAACAUAUGAAAUAAAAGUUGCUGCUGUAAAUGGAAAAGGGCAAGGAGAAUAUAGUAAAAUUGAGAUAUUUCAGACUUUACCAGUUCGUGAACCAAGUCCUCCCUCAAUUCAUGGACAACCAGGUAGUGGGAAAAGCUUUAAACUUAGCAUAACAAAACAAGAUGAUGGAGGAGCACCUAUUUUAGAAUAUAUUGUAAAAUAUAGAAGUAAAGAUAAGGAAGAGCAAUGGCAAGAAAAAAAGGUUCACGGUAAUAAAGACUUCAUUAUUCUUGAGCAUUUGCAGUGGACAAUGGGCUAUGAAGUGCAAAUUACUGCUAUAAACAGGCUGGGAUAUUCUGAACCAACUUUAUAUGAGUUCAUCAUGCCACCAAAGCCCAAUAUUAUUACAGCAGAUACUUGCUGCGAAGCCCAUAAAGGUGGAAUUGGAAGUCAAUCACUGCAGCUGAAUGCUGCUGGUUUUGUUUUCUUGAUAGUUAUAAGUAUAUUGUGUAUUUUUUAAUACUGUUGGUGAACCAAGCCCAUGCAUUUGUUCUGUGAUUUUUAAAAAAUCUAAAAUAGUAUGCAUCAAAUUAGAUUUUUGGCACUCUUUUAAUAUAUUUGUCAUGUUAUGUUAGCACUACAGCAACUGGAGAUACUGCAUGAAUAUUUCUCACAAGUGGUUUUUUUUAGUGAAGAAACCAUAAAUUUGUUUUUGGUAGAUAUAAUUUGAUGUAAAGGCUUCAUUGCCUAGAAACAUAUUAUAACUCAAAGAUGACACCUACCAAGCUAAAAUGUCUCCUUGGUUCAUCAGUGUAAACAGUUUCAAAUACACAUAUGAUUGGUUGCUUGUAGUGUGGUUUAAAGUAAAAGAUUUUCUUUUCAUCUAACUUUGGUUUUUGCUGAUCAAUAUAUAGUUAUUAAUAGGAUUAUGAAAUCACCUGUAUGUUAUGUUUAGCAUAUAAUCGGAGCCUUAUUAUUAAACAUUUGGUUUCAUCUAAACUACUAUGCAUAUUGCUGUGCCUUUAUGAAAAUGUGUUUAUAUGUGAUAUCUUCCUUAUUAUAUCAUUCCUUUUAAUUUUUUUUAGUGAAGUUCAGCCUUCACUUACAUAGUAUACAUGCUUAAUAAAUAAGUGUCUUCAGAAAAGUUUCUUUUUCCACUGAAUAAUCAAAUUGAUUUUUUGCCUGCAUCUCUAUAAUAUAUGUAAGAUUAUCUCUGCCAUUAAAUAAAUAAUUCAAAAAAGAUUGUACUGUGCUUAUAUAUAAACAAUACCAAAUAAAGACACUACAAAAUAUCACUCAAAUCAGAGGGAAGCCCAGAAAAUAUAGGAUCCAUGUGCUUAUGGAUUUUUAGACCACAUGAUUUUUACAUAAUAUUUAUAUAAUAUAAUUUAUAUAAUAUACAAUUUAAACUUUUGUAUUUUUUGCACAAACAACUACUUUGUUAUUCUAAAGUCUUGGUAACUUCCCCUAAUAAAUUUUCUUGUAUUCUUAUCACAAUAUUUCAGACAAUUAAAUCCUCUAAUUAUUAUAAUAUUAAUAUUAUCUUAAUAUAAAAUACAACGAUAAACUAAAGCAGUUUGCUCCAUGCAUACUCAUGCAAACACAACCAAAAAACUCUUUCUCAUAUUACAGCUAUCCUCUAAAUGUCAUCAUGACUUUUACUUCAAAUGUCAUUAAAUUUUAAGGCAUCUUUGAAUGUUGCUGAUAAAAUGACUUGCAGAUACAUUGCAAAUCAAAAUACAAGAUGUUAGAUUUCUGAUCUUGUAAGGAUAUUACUUCAAACCUCAUAAACAUAUUUACUCUAGUUCUAUACCAAGGUAUAGAAUGUAGCCUAAAAAAGUUUUUUCUAAUAAAUUCAUGCAAAUGGUAAUGUUGAUAAUACAAGGCAAUUCCCAUAUCAAAACCUGAUAAUACAUGUGGUUGGUUUAAAAUACAAGUUAUGUAAUAGGGAUAAUUAGAAUAUUUCAUGCUUCUACCAGAGAAAAAUAGUUCUAUGUUACUUUAAUUCUAAACAAUAAUAAUAAAAAAAUUGCAACAACUUGCCUAGUUGCACCAGCUGUGUCAUUAGCAUUCUCCAUGAAAUGGUUUUGGGGUUGUUGGGGUUUUUUUUGGCUCUUUUAUAGAGAUUGGAAUAAUGAUGUUCAAAUUCAUAUUGGCCAGAGAAUCUUACUAAAAAUACAUAAUUCUGUGAGUUUACUUUUUAAAAGUAAAGUUUUUUUACCCAUUGCAUUUUGCUGGGAUAAAAACCAGCAUAGCAUGAGCUGCAAUGACUCACACUGUUUCAUUCCUUUAUUAGGCUGGCAAGUAAGUAAGUAAGUAAAUAAGUAAGUAAGUAAGUAAGUAAGUAAGUAAGUAAGUAAGUAAGUAAACAAAUAGUCAUUGGACACCAUGGCAUUUUAGUAAAAAAAAAUAUUACAGCUUUGCUACUUUCUUUAAAAGAAAUAAAAGUUAAAGUUUAGGCUUUCACUUAAAUUUUUGAAAUUAUUCUUACAGUGACUGAAGAAAAGGAAAGUUUCAGACAAGCACUGUCAUUGUUAAAGCUACCAGUUAACAUAAUAAGUAUAUAUAUAUAAGAGUUAUUUUAAGUCUCUUAACAUUUUUCAGAACUAGUUUAUGAAUUUAAAAUCUAAAAUAUGAUAAUCUGUAAGAUUAGUUCUAGCUGCAGUUCUCUUCAAACUUACACACAUUGUGUUUACAGUUGAUUUACAACUACAAUAGGAAGCAAAAAACUCAUUGUUAAGCAGCACAGUCAUUAAAGGAAUCAUCACAUUAUCAAUUUUACAAGCUUUAUGCUGUGCUUUUUUUAAAAAAGCCAUUGUAGUUAAUUAAGACAUUGCAUGAUUGUGACGUGCAAACAUCUUAGCUGGCUUCCCCAUUGACUUUGCCUGUGAGAAGCCAGCUGGGAUUGCAAAUGAUGAUCAUGUGACUAUAAAUUGUUGUAACCAUUGUAAAUGUGCAAUGAUUGCCAAGGGUUCAAAUCAUCAUGUGACCAUGGGGGACACUGACUAUUAUAAAUAUGAGAAUCAGUCAUAAGUCACUUUGUUCAGGACUGUCAUGACUUCAAAUGGUUGCUAAAUGUUGGUUGUUAAGCAAAAAACUUCCUGUAUUUGGAAAAAAAAAUUGCACUGAAUCCCAUAGAGCUGACUUCUGAAAAUGAAUUAGAAUGUUUUUAAAUAUGCACAAAUUGUUCUGCUUCAGUGGAAACAUACUGCUAAUUUUGGUGACUGAAGGAAUCUAUAGUUACAUUUUUUUUUAAAAAAGUGAAACAAGGAAAAUAAAGCUGAUUAAUAUAAAAGUUUCUGAAACUUUCCCAUGGACACAGACUUGCACUGUAUUUAUCUUAAAGAAAGAUUAAAUUGAGAGAUUUGAAAUUAAAUAUUUACCUUUGGUAUUAGGGAGAACAUUAACCUAUUUCAGAUUACAUCUGAUAGAUAUCGCAUACAAUUUAUGUAUAGGAUUUCACUUUUUAGUUUGGGAAAAUAUAGCUAAUUCAUAAUAGAAAGAAGUUGUAGUGUUCAAACAGCAUUAUAAUUCUAUUUUAUCAUGUGCAUGUUUCUUUAAUGAAAUGUAGAUAAUAAAGCAGCAGCCAUAAUAUUAGAUUUCUAAGAACUGCAGUCUAGGAUCGACAUAUUGAAUAUCUUCAGACAAGAAGCAGAAUCUAUAAGACAACAGGAAAUUCUAUUCCCAAAUAUGUCUCACUUCCACUGAUACUUCUUUGCCCCAGUUAAUGGUAAUUCAUGAUUAUUGAUCAUUAGUAAUCAUUUCCUCUUCUAAUUUUCAGAGAGGGUGGCUAGGCAGAAACAUCCAGUGGGAAAAAAAAAUUGCAACACAGAGAACCUGAAUUAGGUUGCUCAUCUUAUAUCUUCACUAUGGCAAAUUUAUUGGUAGCAGGCUUCAGGUAUUCAGGCUUCCUUGCCUAUUCCAUAACCAUCAAAUGGCUUUCUCAUCACUCUAAUCAUGACCCUUGUAACUAAACUUUUUAAAAGUGACAUGGAACAGUAUAAAACAAACAAGAUCCAGUAUUUAUCCUCCUUGACAGGUUGCCCAAUUGGAGUUUGUAACCAUGGUUUGCAUGACAGGAAUGGACAACUUCAGUUUAGUAUAAGCACUGUUGUCCUAUUUUCCUUUUUCUAGACCAAUACUACAUUUUUAUUGGCACCUGAACUAAUGUUAUAACCGUUGUGCUAGUAAAAAAGAAUCUGCAGCAAUUGUUUUUUCAGGAAAAAAACAGGAAAUAAAGGAAAGCAUUUUUUUUAUUUUAAAGAUGAUUGUUGUAUCUGUACCUUAUGUAUUUUGAUGUUUUCUCUCUUCAUCUCUCUGUCUUUUUCUGUCUCUGUCUCUGUCUCUGUCUCUCUCUCUCUCUCUCUCUCUCUCUCUCUGUCUGUCUCUUUUGGAAUGUGUAUAAGUGUACACAUACACAGAAACACACAUAUUCAAUGUCAACUAUUUAAGGAUAGCACUGUCUCAAAGUCAUUGUCCAAGGGUCUAUCUUGCAGCUGCUGCUAAAAUAUCUCACUGCAAAUAAUUUUCUUCUAAAGACACCGAGGGACCAGAAACAUUACCAUUUUUUUUUUUACAAUAUAAAAAUAUAUUGAGAACAAACAAGGAUAGUAUAUCACAUGCAUUCUAACACCUAUAUUACCUACAAUCCUGGCAUAUAUGAUAAUAAACAAGACAAAGCUUGAUAAUAACAAAGGACUGGCCCAGCUUUUGGAAUGAAGAACAGAAAGAAAGUCUGCAAAUAUGAGCUGUAAGCUAAUUGAGAAGUUAGCUGGAAGUUGAAAGAUGUAGAUGUGGAAAAGAAAGAGAAAGAUAAAAGAUAAAAGAAAAGAAAGGCUUGUGACAUUCGAGUAUAAAGGUGGCACAUAUUUCUCUUGCCAUUUCCCCAAACAGUUUCCCACCAGUAAAAAAAGUAAUGGAUGAAUUUUAAUUUAUUUAAUAAAAAAUUUAAAUUAGUUGGUGACUUAUUCAUUGGGAUUGAACUCUUAUUGCAUAACAUUAAUGAAAACAGUGUAUAAUGUAGUUUGCAUUGGAAGCUUUAUGUGUGUUAUAUAAUUCAAUUAAUUCCAGUAAUUAAUUGCCUUUAUUAUUAACCCUUUAAAAAUCCUGAUAUACAGAUGAAGCAAUCUUAUUAAAUGUAGCAUUCAGUCUCUAAAUGUCAUGUUUGUCUUAAUCCAAAGUAAGACUGCAGAGCAUUCUAAUCUUUUGAAAAAAAAUACCAGCCUGAAUCUAAUGAUUGCUUAGAUCAACCCCUGGGCUACAUUAAGGGGCCGUGAGCCAUGCGGAACUGGGCCACGGAAGCAGUAGGCAAGUGUGCAUAUGAUGCAUCUCCACUUCCAUGAGCAAUGAGUGAGCAGUGGGCAAGAGCUUGUGUAUGCAGUACAUGAGCAGUGGGCAUGCAUGGUCCCCACUUGCGCAAAUGUAGCUGCAUGCGCGCUUGCCCACCACUUUUGUAAAAUCAUCACCUCUUCUCCCCCCCCAGUCCGCAAAGCCAGAAAGUUGGGGAAUUCUGAUUUACGUUACAUUUUAAUCUUGAAUUUAUUAAAUUAACUUUAAUUAGAAUGACAGUUUCCUGAAGCUUAUUUUAGUCUGAAGCUGGCUUCUUUUAGCAUGAGACCACCAGCAUUCUCUUUCUUCUCAUCUGUAACAAACAAAAAAGUGAAAAAGAAACUUAUAUUCAAACUUAAAUCCAAGUUUCACUUGUAUGUACUAUCACUGAAACAGAACCCUGUAUGAGAAUAAGAAUGAGGAAAUGAAUGAAGUCAUAUCUAAAACAUUAUUUAAGAACAAAACUCUCCAAAUAUAGAAUAUGUAUAUUUAAAGUAUAUUUAUGAAGUGUACAUUUUUCAUUUAAUUUUUGUCCAUGUCAUUCUAUGUUAUUAACAAUCACAAAUGUUUACUGUCAUGUAUCUUAUUUUUCUUAAAGAUGUGCAAAUUGUAUAUGUAAUAGCCUCUUCCUAAAUGUAAUGUCUAAAUAUAUGUAACUUUAUGCAUAUUCUUCAUUGCAUACUUGCUUGGUGUCAGUUUUCUUUUAUGUAACCUUUUUAAUUUGGAAUCAAUAAAUGUGAUAUAACAUCG